AGCGGUGCUGGUGGCGACGGUCUCGGUCCCGUGGCUUCUUCUCUGCCAUCGCCUGGAGCGCGUCACUGAACCAUCCACCAUGUCGAUGGGGCUGGAGAUUGGCGGCGUGGCCUUGUCUGUGCUGGGUUGGUUGUGCAGCAUCAUCUGCUGCGCGUUGCCCAUGUGGAAGGUGUCGGCCUUCAUCGGCAACAACAUCGUGACGGCCCAGAUCCUGUGGGAAGGGCUGUGGAUGAGCUGCGUGGUGCAGAGCACGGGGCAGAUGCAGUGCAAGGUCUACGACUCCAUGUUGGCGCUGCCACAGGACCUGCAAGCCGCCCGCGCCCUGCUGGUGGUGGCCAUCAUCUUGGCCGUCCUGGGCUUAAUGGUGGCCAUCGUGGGUGCCCAGUGCACCCGCUGCGUGGAGGACGAGAGCACCAAAGCCAAGAUCACCAUCGUCUCCGGCGUCAUCUUCCUCCUCUCUGGUGUAAUGACCCUCAUCCCUGUCUGCUGGUCGGCCAACACCAUCAUCCGGGAUUUCUACAACCCGCUGGUGAUCGAAGCGCAGAAGCGAGAGCUGGGCACCUCGCUCUACGUGGGCUGGGCGGCCUCGGCACUCCUGCUGCUGGGGGGGGGCCUGCUCUGCUGCUCCUGCCCCCCCAAAGACGACAGGUACCCCACGGGGAAGGUGGCCUACUCCGCCCCACGCUCUGCCGUCACCAGCUACGACAAGAGGAACUAUGUCUGAGCCCCCCCAGGGUCCCCCGGCACCCCUCGGUAUCCUCCACCCCACCCACCCACCCUGGGACCUUCACUGCCCUCCGCGGGACCCGGGGGCGGCCGCGCCGGGGCGGGGGGGGCGCGAAGGAGGGGACGGGGACGGGGACGGCCGCGGGGUCAGGGCCGGGCUGUGUAAAUAGAGACAGUUUCGGUUAAACACGAGGCAGUUUCGGGUCGGCGGGAGAAGCGGCGCCCGGCGAGGUCCUGCCACGCCGGUGGGGCAGGAUCAGGACGGGAUGGGGACGGUGCCUCCCUGCUGUGUCCCCCCAUCGCUGCUGGCCCGGCACCGUCUGUCCCUGUUACGCGUGGUCUGUACCGGUUACAUUUGUCAAUAAACGUGUCCUGUUUUGGUA